ACACCAAAGCAGGAAGGAAAGAAGAUGACGUGCAUUUCCCAGCUCAGUAUUCUCAUAACCAAAAGUUCUGCAUGUGUAGGGGGAACUUGAAUAACUGCACAGGCUGACGAAAUACAGCUGUGUGUAUCUCUCCCGCUGCUAGCAAAAGGACCCACAUUCAAGAAAGUGUAAGAUACCCAUUCAUCUGCAAAACAAUGUGAAGUUAAGAAGCUGCUGUUAAUCCAUCCUGUUGCUGCUGACCUGAAAAAUGCCAGCUCUGCUAGUCACUAAAAGCAACAGUUACACAGCUCAACGUCUUUGAAACAUCUUCAGUAAAAUUAAGCUUUGAACAGAAGCAGUUUCUCUGGGCAAUGCAUUUAAUGUCCCGGAAUUUCAUGGAUAGUCCAAAUCCUAUUGUGUUAAAUAGUAUGUAGACAUGAUCAACAACAAAACAAGCAUAAUCAAUGGCUGAGAACAUUGACUUACAUUUCCUCAAAGAACUUGAAAGAGAGAAGGUUCUGGAAGUCCUGUACAGGGAUAAGGUACUGCGUGCAGCAGAAGAACAACGGAUACGAAAGCUGAAGUCUGAGCUCAAAAAAAUCCACUGGAAGGGUGCCAAGAGUUUCAACCAGCAGUACACAAAUAAAACCUGUGCCAGAUGUCAGAAAUCCCUUGGGAAGAUAUUGAACAGCGGAGCUGUGUGCAAAGGAUGCAGCCACCGAAUCUGUACCAGUUGCCGUAUCAUUAUCUCUGCCAGGGUGUGGAAAUGCACAGUAUGUUACGCUUAUGGGGAAGUGAAAAUCAAAUCUGGAGACUGGUUUUUUGAAGAAAGAGCAAACAAAUUUCCAAGUUGUGAAGGUAAACAGGAGUCUGUUGGUGAAACAUUAUUAAAAUCCUAUCAAGGACUAAGACUGAUGGCCGCUUCAGACUACAAGCAAGUUGUAAACCCUCCCAAAAGCAGUAAUAUUGCCAUUGUACCUCCCACUCCACCUCCUUUUAUUGAGAAUGUGUCUGUAAGCAAUACUGGGGAGUUGAAACAUACAAAAGGAUUCACUAAAUCAGUAGAAAACCUGUUCAUUUCACUCACAACUCACAUGAAAAAAAUCUCCAAGUCCCAUAACGAUGUGACAGUAAACCAAACUCUCCUGACAACAGAUUACGGACAGGGAACCAAUAAUGAGAGAAGAAGUCAGUCAGACACAGCCAUAAACAAACAAGCCAUGCUAACAAAGGCACCCAGUCUUCCCAUCCUGUUCAAAAAAGCUACAGCUAAUGAAGAUGAAGACAGAGUAGAUAUUGGCCGUGUGGCGAAAGCCAACUCUGCAGAUACAGUGUACACUGGAGCAGCGAAAAUGGACAGUACUUGCAGUAUCAGCAGUACAUGUACUGAAGAUGGCAAUUUUGAGAAUGCCAGAGUCACUGGAGAAAUUGAAUUUUGCAUUGUGUACAACUACAAGACCUCCUGCUUAGAAAUCUGUAUCAAAGCUUGUAAAAACCUGGCCUACGGGGAUGAAAAGAAGAAGAAGUGCAGCCCAUACAUCAAAACCUACCUGCUUCCUGAUAAGUCCCCUCAGAGUAAACUGAAAACAACAAUUAAAAAGAACACAACACACCCCACUUUCAGUGAAACAUUAAGGUACAACAUCGAUCGGUCUCAGCUGGAAACCCGAUCCCUGCAGGUGUCUGUGUGGCACUCGGAGACUCUCAAACGCAAGGUCUUCCUGGGGGAGGUCAUCAUUCCUCUGGAUUCCUGGAAGUUUGAAGAGGACUCCACACAGUCAUACAACUGGUACCAACUGAACUCUAAGCCUGACCAGUAUGAAGAUUGUGUACCAGUACAGUACAAUGGGGAGCUCUGUAUCAAGGUGAAAUUUGUCUUACCAUCGCUAAGCUCCAAAAUCCAGACUCAACAGCUCUCAAUGGAAGAUUUGCAGAACAAGAUGACUAUCCUCGGUCAACUCAAAGUUGUGAUCAUUGGAGCCAAAAACCUGCCAUCUUUAAGGCCUGAUGGUACUUUAAACUCAUUUGUCAAAGUGUGCCUAAUACUUCCAGACAAUAGGCAGUUGAAACAGAAGACUCCAGUGCUUAAGAAGAAAGCUUGCCCACAGUGGAACCACCAGCUUGUGUUCAGCGAUGUGCUUCUGUGUGAACUGCUGGACUCCUGUCUUGAUAUCACUGUCUGGGACCAUGCUGCCUUUGGCGUCACCGACCGUUUCCUGGGGGGAGUCCGACUAGAGAGGGGGAUACUGUCAACAGACUCCCGUGACAUGGUGGAAGUCGCUUCUGGACAAUCUUGGCAAAACAUUCUGAGGAGACCAAACACUUGGAAUGACACCACACUUACACUUCAUCCAAAUAUGGAGUACAUGAUGAAAACCUAACAGGACCAGUUCCAAAUGCAUCUUUAUGGAUCCUUUCACCUAUUUGUGCAAUAGUAAGAUACAGCUUGUAGAACAUUAAUAUUGUUGGUCCUAAAAUUGUAGGAGCCAGCGAAGAAUAUACUGUAGACCAAGACAUGCUAGAGUCCUGUGUGGGUCCGAUUUUUACGACCCACUUCCGACCCGGACCCGCUACUACAGGACCCAACCCGAACCCGCUGCAACACUGUCUUCUUACCCAUGACCCGACCCGUUUUAAUAAGACCUGCAACCCGACCUGAACCUGCAAGUGUUUGUCCUUUACCUACUGCCUGCGUCGACUGACUCUCUCACGCUCACAUCCACACACAGAUAUCUCUACCAUUCUCCAUGGAUUGAGUUUACACAAUGGUCUGAAUAUAUUUUAACAUGAACUGUCUCUACUUAAUUUACUAUAAAAUACCUGUCUAUUCCUUUCGUGCCACCAGCUGAAAGGGAGCUACACCUGUGCUUCCACAGAGUUGUGUGGCUGUCGUUUACAAAAACAUAAUGACAGGUUUUACAAGCAACAAAUCCAGUCACGUUUAUUAUUUUCAUUCGUUAUGAUUCCAAACGAAUUCCACACUUGUGAUUUACCCUCAAACUAUUAUCCACUACAUGAUGUAAAUCCUGCGCUAUCUUUUGUUUCACCUCGUCCACAGGCAUUUUUAAUAUCACCAAGCAGACGUGAUAAAAAGAUCUUGCGACGUGUCAAAAAAGCGAGAACAACAGUGCUUAGUCAUCUGAUCGCCUCCUGCUUUAGCUGGAAAUACCGGUACAUUCUAAUUAUUUGGGAAAGGGUUACAGACGAGUACGCUGAAAGGACAGAAAACGUUUUAGGUGAUUCAAAUUCAGACCCCCCAAUUUUUUUUUUGGACCCGCACCCGAACCGCAAACCGUGAAAAAGUUCACAUUCCAACCUGAACCCGACCCGCGAGUACCCGACCCGAUGCAGGACUCUCUAAGACAUGCUGUAAUAUUGUGUCUGAGCCCCCCUUUAUUUUAUGUUACUAACCUGAAUGCUUAUCACGCACCUGAAACCUAUGCACGUAUAUUGCAAAACACAUUAAUACACAGACUACAAUAUAAUGUAUAGAACCACCACAGCUCUGAAAAGAUAAUAUGCUGCUGAAUAGCACACACGCAUACAUUUGACGUGCAUUUACAGUGGAAGGUCAGUUGGAAAGUUGAAAUGUCUGCAUUUAACGGUUAGAAUGUAAGAAUGUACAGUAGGACUUUAUUUACUCUUCAGUGUAUUUUUCAAUAGAAAUUACAGUAAUCUGAACAAGAAUACAAUUGUAUUGUACAGUAGAGGUAUAAUUGGAUACUCCACAUGCCAAAGUGAUGAGGGGCGAUUAAUUUUGACAUGUACUGCUAUGGCCAAAAGUUUUGCAUCACCUAGAAUUUAAGGAUUGAGACAAAAUAAAAAUAAAAUAUUUAUGAACAUAGUUUAGGUGUUUUAUUUAUCAUGUAAAUCAAAUAAACUACAAAAUGAUAUUGCGAGUGUCUACCGGAAGCCAUAGCAGUGCAGUAUUUCAUGUUAGAUUUUGAAAUGUCACAUUUUUUCAUUUGUCAGUUUUCAUUAAGUAUAUGGAAAACUACCAAGCGGUAUGUAAUUCAAUAUGUUAACGUAACAUUAUUCAGCAGGUUUCAUUUGACUUUAUGAAGCAAAAUUAGGUAAUGAAAAACCCGUGGCCAUAGCUGUAGGUAUCCAAAACUUAAUUGUAUUGAUUUUUAGUCUUUGUAUACUAUGUAAAAGUGAGGGGAGGUAGGUAUUAGCCCUUGUAAAUGAGACUGCAUAAUAUUUAAUAAGUUUAAUAUAUUUUUAGUUACACCACAUAGCAAAACAGAAAUAUAUUGUAUCAGUUGCAUCUGGUCAUAACUGUUAAAUCUGUUACCUUUUUUUUUUUUUUUUUUUAAACAUAUUAAAUU